AUGUCUAUGAGCAAAGGUAAAAAGUGUGUUGUUGAUGAUAUUGAAUUUGAUUCAUUGUCAGUAAAACAUAUUCAUCGUCAUGUUACUUGUUUACUUGAUUUGCCAAAUGAAAUUUUACUUUUCAUUUGUCGUUAUUUAUUUCUGCUUGAUAUUCUUUAUUCAUUUUAUACUCCUGAAAAACCUGAAUUACAUCUUCAUCAUGCUAUUUCUGAUUAUUAUACAAAAAUCAAACUUGAUGGAGUGCCUAAUAGUGGAUAUAAUUAUUUAUUAGCUUUAUUUAUUUAUUCCAAAAAUCCUCUUCGACCUCAUUCAUUAAUAUUAACUAAUGAAGGUGUAUCUUUUAUAAUUCAACGUUAUUUUUCUUCAAUAUGUACGGAUAUAAUUCGAUCAAUAUUUAACAAUCUUAGAAGUCUUACAUUAAUCGAUUGUUCUUCAGAAGAUCUUGAUAUAAUUGAAAUAUAUUACACGAAUAUGAUACAGCUUCAGUAUCUUAAUAUUACUGUUCGAAAUACUGAUGAACAUCUUAGUAAGUCAAUCGAUAAAAUUAUGUCAUGA